CUUCCUCGUCUCCGUGGAUCCGACUUCGAACGCGAAGGCUCGAUUCUAAAGCUUCGUUCCGGGGUUUCGGCUUUUGCAAUGGAGAAGGCAUGGGUUCGGUGCUGCGAUGGAGUCUCUGCAAUCGUCUUCACCGUUUCUUAUGCAGUCUCCCUCUUCUUCUUAGCUAUUGUCGGAAGUACACUGGGAGCAUUCGUGGGAGUUCUGAUCAAUGUGAAAAGCCGGAACAACCUCUUUUACAGCGUGGUGGUAGGAGCAAUUGCUGGCGGCAAGUUCUUGACUAAUGCCUUCAGAAUGUCCAUUUCUUUCUGGCUGUCUGAUGAUUGUUUUUUCAGCAACAUUCUUCAAUCGACUGACUCGACGACAGAACUCCAUGCCGGAGAAUUAGUUCAACAGUUGUUGUAUAGUCUCACCCUGUCGAGAUUAGAGCAGACUCUGGCACAUGCCGACAAUAUGAUCAGCGAAAUCACGGUAGACCACACCAAAGUGUCGAAGAAUUUGUGCGACAGGAUUCCUAGGAUUAAAAUAACAGAGGACCGCUUGUUGGAUUCUUCGGGAAACAGAAACUCCUGCUCAAUAUGCCUUCAGGACUUCGAAUGUAAAGAUGAGGCGAGGAGACUGCCUAACUGUCGCCACUUGUUUCAUCUGCAUUGCAUCGAUAAGUGGAUUUGCAAGCAAAGAUCUUGUCCUUUAUGUAGAAGUCCCGUAGUUCAAGUGAAUUAAUUAGGUUAUGCAUUCUUUCAUUCAAGUAGUUUAAACAGGUCACCCAUUCUUUCAUUUUUUUGGUCUAUUGUUGCACUGCAAAACUCUAGUGAAUAUGCUAUGAGUGAGCUUUCGCAUUCAAAAUGCGACACCUGUAAACAUAUCCAAACAGAAGGGUCACUUAGACAAUACUACCUUUGUAUGUAUGUAACUGUUAUCAGAAUAGACUAAGAUUUCUAGAUUUGUCAAAGAAAUUCAUGAACUUUGCUCUAGCAA